AUGAAUAAACAAAAAAUCGUCUUGCUUAAACCAGGCUUUAGUGAUUUUUCAAUUGAACAUAAUAUUCUAUCAUCGACUCCAUACGAACUGGAUGUUGUCCGUGCUUCUGAUGACAUUGAUCUCCUCUCGUAUCUUUCCAAUCCAUUGAUAGUUGCUAUUAUUACUAUUCGUACAUUAAUUACAGCUGAAAUGAUCGAACGUAUCUCACCUUUUUGUCGUGUGAUCACUCGAUUGGGAGUUGGCUUCGAUAGCAUAGAUAUCAAAGCAUGUCUUCAACGAAAUAUCAUGAUCUGCUAUGUACCUGAUUAUGGUACAAACGAGGUUGCUGAUCAUGCUGUUGCUCUUCUUUUUGCUGCUCAUCGUCGUUUGUCAAUGUUUCAUCGAUCAAUAGUUGAGCAAAACGUUUGGAAUCAUGAGAUAACUGGUAAAGAUUUGCAUAGUUUAAAUACGCUUAACUUAGGUAUUAUUGGUAUGGGUCGUAUUGGAUCAUGUUUUGCUACUAAAAUGCGUCCAUUUGUUAAGCAAAUAUUUUCUUAUGAUGUAUUAGUACCAUCAACCUGCAGUUCCAUCGAUGAAAUCUUUGAUCAAUGCGACAUUAUUUCACUUCAUAUUCCACUUACACCAGCUAAUCAUCAUAUAAUUUCAUCGAAUGCAAUUAGUCGUAUGAAAAGGCGACCAAUUUUUAUUAAUACAAGUCGUGGAGGUCUUGUUGAUACUCAAGCACUGAUAAAAGCCUUAAAAGAUGGACAAAUAUCUUAUGCUGCUCUUGAUGUGCUUGAAGAUGAACCACAUAUUGAUUCUGAAUUAAUCAAACUUGAUCGUAUUCAAUUAACACCACAUGCGGCUUGGUAUACUCAAGAAUCAGCAACUACUUUACGUACAAAAGCAAUUCAAGAUAUCUUACGCAUUAUGAAUGGAGAAGAACCAUUGUAUCCUGUGCCUUUUGAACCCUAA